CGGCCAAGUCGGACUCCAUAGAUUCAGCAUAAUUCCAAAGUUUUGGGCCAUCGGAUUGUGACUUUCGCCUUGUGAGCGCACUCCUUUUCGCUCGGUCGAGGCACGGCGGUUUUCGGGACGAACUGGGACGCUUGCUGCACGGAAGCUAAAUUUGACACCAACGGAGUGACACCGAAGCUGUCAGCAUGAGCCAGCGGGAAUACCAUAUAGUAGUUUUGGGGUCCGGUGGUGUGGGCAAAAGUUGCCUGACUGCACAAUUUGUACAGAAUGUCUGGAUUGAAAGCUAUGACCCUACAAUCGAGGACUCGUAUCGGAAAGCGAUCGAAGUCGAUGGUCGCCAUGUCAUUCUAGAAAUCCUUGACACCGCUGGAACAGAACAAUUCACUGCAAUGAGAGAGCUGUACAUGAAAACUGGACAAGGGUUUCUCCUUGUAUUUUCUAUUACCAGCAUGUCUUCGCUAUACGAGCUCCAAGAGCUACGUGAGCAAAUCCGGCGCAUCAAAGAAGAUGACAAUGUCCCUAUGGUCUUGGUGGGCAACAAAUCUGAUCUCGAAGACGAUCGGGCGGUCCCAAGAGCACGGGCUUUCAAGCUUUCACAAGAAUGGGGUGGAGUGCCUUACUACGAAGCCAGCGCCCGGCGGCGCGCCAAUGUGGAUGAGGUGUUUGUAGAUCUUUGUCGACAAAUCAUACACAAGGAUCGCGACCAGAGGGAAAGGGAACGGGAAACACGAAGGCCCCAACGACAACGACCAGGCGAUCGAAGAAACAGACGAAAUCAUAGACCAAGAUGCACGAUUCUUUGACGAACACGAGACGA